AUAUCAUUGAUUAUUUCAAUCCAACAGAAGAAGCACAAAUGAACGUUCAAGAUGGCCAACUUCGUUUUCGCGAAUUUUCACGCUCAUUUCUGAUUGGAGGAUAUCAUAGUGCCAAUCAGGGCAUGCAAAUUCGCGCCAAUCAAAAACGCGCAAAAAUACAGGAGGCUAUAUAAGGAAGAGUUCCCGCAUCUCAGCAUCAGUUGCUAUGAUAAACAAUAUGGCGAUGCUGCUUAUCAUUUUGCUCGGAUAUUUUGUUUCGGUUGGCCACAUUGGCACGAUUGAAAUGCCGGAAAUGUAUGAGUAAGUGUAGAUGAAGAAAUUAUCUAUAAUAUUUUAUAGCAUUAAUUAUUUUGGAAUCCUAAAAUUUUCUGUUGGUUUUUUGUUGUUAUUGUUGUUUUUGUUUUUGUUUUUUGUUUGUUUGUUUUUUUUGUUUUUUUUUUUUAUAUAUAUAUAUAUUAUUAAAUAAAUACACGAUGAAUAGAGAAUAACACAUAUUGUCUAUAGUGUAUUACACCGUGUAUUAACUUAAUACUCCAAAUCAGCCUGAGGGUCGUAGUGGGCUGUUGGAAGGAAGAUGCUAUUAUAAAAUACUGAAAUAUAAUAUUUACAGGGAAUCUACCUCAAACUUUUCAAUACGUCCGAGGUUUGGAGAAGUGCUGUUCAAUCAAACAAUGGAGGUCGAUUGGCAUAUAUUCCAGCAACAGCUGUAUAUCAAAGUCAAAGAAAACGAUCUCGUGGUCUCUCUAACCUGUGUCAUGGACUAUUUGGCUAUUUUUGCAAUUGAGAUUUGUUCAAACUUGAACGCCAUGUUGGUUCGUAUCCACAACUAUGGCAAAGAUUUCUCCGUCGAAUUGAGCAAUAGUGUUGUUGAAACUACAGUCUUUGAAAUGGAGAACAUGUAUGCCUGCUUUGCUUACCUCUUCAGCAGUGUGUAUGCGUUCAGCUUAGACUGUUCCAGAACUGCUGUCUCUUUGUCCACUCAGGCCGUAUACCUAGUCAGCACCAUUCUGUCUUCUGUGUCUUCGGAGGAUAUCCUUCACCUCGGUGCGUCCUUCUGCUUGAUAACUUGGUGUAUUUCGGUUGUGGAUACAGCACGAGAGUUCUCUAGGAGGCUUGCAGUGAUGAACAAGACAGUGAGCAGUGUCGCAGAAGCAAACCGAGAGUUAAAGCUGAAAUUUGAAGCCAUGGAAAAAGAGAAACAAGAGAACGGUGAAUAGUUAUGGCAUUUGUUAUUAUUGUUUGAAAUUUAGAUGAUAUAAACUACAAAAUUCAUAUUGAUAAACAUAAUCAAUUUCAUUACAGAGAGAAUCCUGUUAGAUAUUGAGAAGAAAACAAAAGCCUUGUCAAUGAUGAUGCGUGUAUACGCGUCCGAAACUAAGUCGAAAAUAAGCGCCAUCAUUUUGCGAAAGACACAUUAUUUUUCUAAAAUUAAAUGGAAAGAAAGACAUUUUGUAUAUGUAUACAUGUAUCAUAGAGUCAAAUAUUUUUUGUAGGUUGGAAAGGCUGGCUAGCCACAAAUAUCUUCGCCGAAAUUUUGCAACGUCAGACUUUGUUGUAAAUCAUCUCUUUUUGUUAAUCGUCGAUCGAUUAAAGGUUUCAUUUGAAUUCACAA